AAAACCCUCUUUAUAUUUUCUCCACAGACAAACUAAGAAGAAGAAGAAGAAGAAGAAGAAACCACAAAAUCAAAAUCAAAAUCAAAAUCAAAAUCAACGAAAAUGAGUAGCAUCGGAACAGGAUACGAUCUAUCAGUCACCACUUUCUCUCCCGACGGUCGCGUUUUUCAGAUCGAAUAUGCUGCCAAAGCUGUUGACAAUAGCGGGACUGUUAUUGGAAUCAAAUGCAAAGAUGGGAUUGUUUUGGGUGUUGAGAAGCUUAUUCCUUCGAAAAUGAUGCUUCCGGGUUCCAAUAGAAGAAUACACGCCGUUCAUCGCCACGCUGGAAUGGCUGUAGCGGGAUUAGCUGCAGAUGGCAGGCAAAUUGUUGCUAGGGCUAAGUCGGAAGCAACUAAUUACGACAGCGUGUACGGUGACCCAAUUCCCGUCAAGGAACUUGCUGAUCGAGUGGCUAGUUAUGUGCACCUUUGUACAUUAUAUUGGUGGCUCAGACCUUUUGGAUGUGGUGUCAUACUAGGUGGCUACGACAGAGACGGACCACAGUUGUACAUGGUCGAACCUUCUGGUGUCUCCUACAGGUAUUUUGGUGCUGCAAUUGGGAAGGGCAGGCAGGCUGCUAAAACAGAGAUUGAAAAGUUAAAGCUUGCCGAUAUGACCUGCCGACAAGGAGUUAUUGAAGUAGCUAAGAUUAUAUAUGGAGUUCAUGACGAGGCAAAGGAUAAAGAUUUCGAACUCGAAAUGAGCUGGGUGUGUGAGGAAUCAAACCGCCAACACGAAAAGGUCCCAGAAGAGCUUCUACAAGAAGCUAAGGCAGCCGCAAAAGCAGCUCUUGAAGAAAUGGAUGCAGAUUAAAAAUGUUUAUCCCAAAGAGAUGUAUUUCAUAAACUUGUAAUAGAGAGCAUUUUGGAACAUCUAUAGAAAAUAUUCAUAGGCUUCAAAAAUUGGAUUUUUGUAUGUUUCUUGAUGAUUCAAUGCUGCCCCUUGUUGAUUUCUGUUGCUGUACUAUGGAGAACUGAGCUGUUUCAAAGUGUUUUUAAAUACUGCUCUUAUCAGUUGAUUUAGUGUUGAAUUCUAGCUGCCUUCGCCAAUUGUCCGCACCAUAUAAGGCAUCUCUUGUUUGAGAUAUUAUUUUAUGAAAGCAAACAUGUAUUAAUUUU